UUCUAACUGAUAAAUAGAGCCGCCAGACGCAUGCGGAGGCCACUCUCACAAAGGACCCUGCACCAUCGACCUGCACCGAGCCGACCCUCGCCAUGGCCAUGCACUUCAGCUCCCGCUCCGCCGUCCCGCCCGGCCGGGUGAGCUUCACCCGGGUCAGCUCGGUGGGCUCCACCAGGAGCACGGGGGGCUUCGGCAGCAGCAGCCUGUACAACCUGGGGGCCGGCGGUGGACGGAAAGUCAGCUCGGCCGGGCGCUACUACGGGGUCGCGGGCUCCGCCGGCUUCGGGCCCGGGGCCGGCAUCCAGGAGGUGAGCAUCAACCCGAGCCUGCUGGCCCCCCUGAACUUGGAGAUCGACCCCCAGCACCAGAAGGUGCGGAAGGAGGAGCGGGAGCAGAUCAAGGUCCUCAACAACAAAUUCGCCUCCUUCAUCGACAAGGUGCGGUUCCUGGAGCAGCAGAAUAAGAUGCUGGAGACCAAGUGGAGUCUGCUUCAGGAACAGAAGUCAGGCAAGAGCAGCAACAUCCCCACCCUGUUCGAGAGCUACAUUAAUUCACUCAGGCACCAGCUGGACGGGCUCCUGAGUGACCAGGGCCGCCUGGAGGGCGAGCUGAAGAGCAUGCAGGACCUGGUGGAGGAUUUCAAGAACAAGUAUGAAGAUGAAAUCAAUAAGCGCACCUCUGCCGAGAAUGAGUUUGUGGUCAUCAAGAAGGACGUGGACAACGCCUAUAUGAACAAGGUGGAGCUGGAGGCCCAGGUGGACUCCCUGACUGAUGAGAUCAAGUUCCUACGUUCCCUCUAUGAGCUGGAGCUGAAUGAGCUGCAGGCCCAGAUCUCGGACACGUCGGUGGUGCUGUCCAUGGACAACAACCGCAGCCUGGACCUGGACGGCAUCAUCGCCGACGUCAAGGCCCAGUACGAGGAGAUUGCCCAGCGCAGUCGGGCCGAGGCCGAGACCAUGUACCAGAUCAAGUUCGAGACCCUGCAGGCUAAGGCUGGAAAACAUGGUGAAGACCUGCGUAAUACCAAGACUGAGAUCAGCGAGAUGACCCGCAACAUCCAGAGGCUGCAAUCCGAGAUAGACAACAUCAAGGGCCAGCGUGCCAAGCUGGAGGCCGCCAUCGCUGAGGCGGAAGAGCGCGGGGAGCUGGCGCUCAAGGACGCCCGGGCGAAGCAGGAUGAGCUGGAAGCUGCCCUGCAGAAGGCCAAGCAGGACAUGGCCCGCCAGCUGCGCGAGUAUCAGGAGCUGCUGAGCAUCAAGCUGGCUCUGGACAUCGAAAUCGCCACCUACCGGAAGCUGCUGGAGGGCGAGGAGAGCAGGCUGGCCGGCGAUGGCAUCGGUUCUGUGAACGUCGCCAUGGUCAACAACUCCAGGAGUUACCGCAGCCAGGGGCAGAACUUGGGCUUCGGGGGCACCAUGGGCCUCAACGCCCUCAACUUCGGUGUCAGACCUUCUACUUCCCCAGGGGCCACUGGGGUCAACCAGACCUACUCUUACCAAUUCACCACUUCUAGCCAGAAGAGCGACCGCAACUAGGAUGGAAACCAGUCCAGCGAGGCGGUGGCGGAGAGAGAAAUGGGAUUAGGCAUGUCCCCAGACCCCCGGACCCUGCCCCUGCCCCCCAGCAGUGACACAGUGGUGAAUAAAACUCCUGCAUGCCCCCGUCAGCCUAAGCCUCCCCCAACCUAUCGUCCAUCUCGUCAAUGUGAUAGAGACCGAGUGAGCUGCAGGUAGACCUGUGAGCUAAUAAAGGCGGCUUCUCUUA